CACGAUAGCUCGCUUGUACUGUGUAGAAGUCAGACCCUUUGGAUCCAGCGUUCGUUGUGAAAGGCUCCACGCUGCCUUUGCUUUGACCAAAUUUGGGGCUGAGUCACUUCGUUGAUGAUGACUGGCUAUACCAGUGCAUAGUGUGAGCACCAUGCUCACACUAUUGCCUUAGCCUCGCCGUUGAAGCUGACAUGAGAACAGGCAGAAAAGAAUUGCGGCCUUGCCUCUUGGGGGCCGAUUUAAUCUCCCUGGACUGCGGCAUAUCCGGCUUGGACUUGUGCUUCUUUGCAAGUUACGUUAUAACGUGUCUGUGAACAGGAAAGCAGACGCCCGGUCAGUCAAGAUGAGAGGUGCGCUACUAAUUUCUCUUGCGGCGGGCAUUCCGUUUGCCCAUGGCCUGUCUCUCCAUAAACGCGAUGAGCCUGCCGUCGUUCGAAUGCCCAUUGAGCGCAGGAGCGACCAGUCCUUGCAGAAAAGAGAUUCUACUGUCGCCGUGACUUUGCAGAACUGGGAUGCGACUUACUACGCAGUGAACCUGACGUUAGGAACACCCGCGCAAAAGGUGUCAUUGGCUCUGGACACUGGCAGUAGCGACCUCUGGGUGAACACCGGCAACUCGACCUACUGCUCUAUCGACAAUCUAUGCACCCCUUAUGGCUUGUACAAUGCCAGCGAAUCGACCACCGUGAAAACCGUCGGCACACACCUCAACGAUACAUAUGCGGACGGCACAAAUCUCUACGGACCUUAUGUGACUGAUAAGCUCACGAUCGGCAACACGACAAUCGAUGACAUGCAGUUUGGGAUCGCCGAAUCUACGACUAGUAAACGCGGGAUCGCCGGUGUCGGUUACAAAAUUUCGACCUACCAGGCCGAGCACGACGACAAGGUCUAUGCCAACCUCCCUCAGGCCCUCGUCGACAGCGGUGCCAUCAAGUCUGCUGCAUACAGCAUCUGGCUAGAUAGUUUGGAGGCGUCGACCGGUUCGCUCCUUUUUGGAGGUGUCAAUACAGCGAAAUACAAGGGCGAUCUCCAGACUCUUCCGAUUAUUCCUGUCUAUGGCAAAUACUACUCCCUCGCCAUCGCCCUUACGGAGCUCAGCGUUGCGACCGACUCCAAAUCCAGUAGCUUUACCGACAGUCUUCCCCUCUCCGUGUCCCUCGAUACUGGCACCACCUUGACGGCGCUGCCCAGCGAUCUCGUCAACAAGGUCUAUGAUGCGCUCAACGCAACCUACGACAAGACAUACGAUAUGGCCUACAUCGAUUGCGACACCCGAGAGUCCGACUACAACGUGACCUAUAGUUUCUCCGGUGCAACGGUCACGGUCAGUAUGAGCGAGCUGAUUAUCCCCGCAACAGAGCCGGGGUGGCCCGACAACACCUGUGUGUUGGGCCUCGUGCCGAGCCAGCCCGGUGUGAACCUGCUCGGUGAUACAUUCCUGCGUAGUGCAUACGUUGUAUACGAUCUCGAGAACAACGAGAUCUCCCUCGCCAACACGAACUUCAACCCGGGUGACGAUGAUAUCCUUGAGAUCGGAACGGGAACGUCGGCUGUGCCGGGAGCGACACCGGUUCCCUCUGCCGUCUCUUCCGCUACUGGAAAUGGAUUGGUCUCGACUGGCACUGCAGUGCCCACACUGUCGGGUGUCACCAUCACUGCUACGGCCACAGCAACCGGGGCGACGGGUACUGCUUCGAGCGGCGGCUCAUCGGCCGAAGCUACGAGCACUUCCUCGGAGGGUGCUGCAGCGCAGGCUACAAGCAACCCGAUGAAGCUGCUUUCAGGACUUGCGGGCGUGGGAUUGCUUCUUGCAUUGUAGCCCCAUGUUACCUACUAGUUUGAAUAUCACGGCGAGAAAGUAAU